ACUCGAUAAAAUGGCGGUCUCUGUCAUUCAAAUUCUCCAAUUGAUGUUAUUAUACUACAACAUUGCACAUUCGGUCGCCAAAAUAAUACCCGAAUCACUAAACUCGUGUGCCGAAGGCGAACCGUACGUCAAUAUUGAAGCUAAAUCUGUUGCAAGUGGUCAGGAAUUCACAGGAGACAUUACUUUUCCAUUUGAAAUUGACAGAAGUUCUGAAUUCACUAUGAAUUUCCGUUGGUGGAAAGAUGGCGAGUGGGAGAAAAACGGUAAAAAUGGUAAAGGUAAGGUGUGUUUUUAUCUUGAAAGAUUUGCUGCGUCAGUGUGGAACGACAUCAAACAUGCUGCGCAACCAAAACUAGAAGGAGACUGCACGAUACCUGCGGGAAAGUACGAGUUUGUCAACUUUGUUCCCGACACGAGUUCUUUCGCUAUUCCUCUUGGAGGUACUGGAAGAGGUCACGCAGAAUUUACUAUUAAGAAAGGCGAUCAAACAUUUUGUAUGGUUCUUAUAGCUGACAUAAAAAACUGAAAACAAAACAUCAGUUGUGGUAAAGGUAAUUAAUCUUAUAGUUUUGUACGUAGGGCAAGAUUAAUUAGGUUAGACUACUAACAGUGAGGGUUUUAUUAAAUAACCGCUUGAAUUGUU